GUUGGACAUUUAGACCGGUACGUUUAACCUUAAACCCUAAUCAGCUAGAGAGACCGGUACAAGGCAGCUGCUGUUAAACCCUGCUUCCUAUCUUCCCCGAUUAAUUUCUCGUCCUUUCUCUUUCGUGCGCCGACCAAUGCAAGGGAAUCGCGACCGCUCGUGGUCCCUAGGCGCCUCCGCGAACGGUGGAUACCUUCCUCAAGCGUCUCGUGUGUAUCCCAAUUUCAGUGUCCAACAAUACAAUCUCCAGACGCAGCAGAAUCUCAAUUUCCCUCAUCGACAGAUCCCUACCUUCCCUCCUCACCAAUUUGGCGCCGCCGCUAAUGUUUUCCUUCAGCCCCAUGGCCAGAGCCAUGAUAGCGUUGGGUCUCGAAUCCAUGGGUCCUCGGACUCGAAGCCAAGGCGCGAUGUACAAGUCAUGCGUAUUGAUAAGGCCGUCAUCGAGAAGCGUAAAUCACUGGUUGCCUCUGGAGAGAGCGUUUCUUCGACUAGAGUGUCGCAGUCGGUUCUAGCACAGCUUCAGGCCGAUUCCUUUGGUGUGCAGAUGCAGGAUGUUCCUUCGCUUCGCCAACUUAUGGCCCUUGAAGGCAAGAUUAAUGCAUUUAUCCACUGCUUCAUUGGCGCUAGAAGAAUCGUGACCCUUUAUGAUCUGGAAGUAGCUAUAUGCCGUAACGAGUUUGUUGAUUGUUUUGAUGAUCUGGAAUUGGGGCCUUUGCUGCAGCAUCCACUUGUCCUGCUCUAUUUUCCCGGUUCUACGAGCUCUGUUCACAUCACCAGCGAGGAGGUAGUAUCCUUUCUUGAUAGCUAUCUGGACACUUAUGAUACGGACGAUGUUCAGGUCGAUGAGUUUCUGAAUUUUGUCGCUGAGGGGAAAUCAGUUACAAGCAAGGAAAUGCUCGGUGUGCGUAUUCAGAGCUUGCGGAUGUAUGUAUCUUUCAUUCAAGACGCGAAGAGACAAGAAGGCGAAUCAUUGAAGAUCUUGCUGACUGAACUGCAUCAGAAGUAUCGCAUCCCUUCAUCGAAGGGACAGCGGCAAGAUAAUUCUCUUGCUGUCUCUGAGCAUGCUGACUUGUUUGCUUCGCAUCAUAAGGAUUAUCGUGGCAAGCAUACAAGAUUUACUUCAUCAUGCUCAGAUGACAACGGUAGUAGUGAUUAUGAGGUCGAAAUUGUUAAUAGUUCUGACCAUUUCAGAAGUUGUCCGUAUCCAUCUGUUGCAGAAGAGAUGAAGCGGCUUGAGAGGUCCAAUAAGAAAAGGAAGGUUGAAAGUUGUAACCACGAAAAAACUGGUUUUUCCAAACAAGAGAUGCCUGAAUCGGCGGAUGAUUCUGAUGCUAAGCAGGUUUUUAGUGUCGAUGAGGCUGAUUUCACACGUUCUGAAGAAGCUUUGAGUUUGUUCCUCUCAACCUGGAAGGACACAUGUAAAGAGCUAAGCAUGUCAAUGUUUGUCGAGAAAAUGUUGUCUUUUUACAACUUGGGGGGCUCCGAAGUACCACCUCUGGUUAAAAGAGCUAAAGCGUUGUCAUCAUUUCCAUUUGCUGGAUUACUACAUGUCGCUAAGGAGAUUGUAAAAGAGGCUCUGGAGGAAUAUAUACCGAAUGAGAUCACAGAUACAAAGUUGGUAGCGGAAUAUGAUAAUCAUGCAGGCACAAGUUCACGAGGUAAUAAGCCAAACCAGUUGCCCACAAAGAGUGGCUCAACGUCAGGGAAUCUGGUUCAUGAAUGGAACAACUCCGCCACAAGUGACUUGAGCGUAAGAGAUGAGUUUCACACGGGCACACAUUGGGCUGCACAGGCGCAACAGACGGGUAGAAAAGGUGAAGAAAUCGCUUACAGAUACUUUGCUGCAAAAUACGGCAAGGAGGCUGUGGUUAGAUGGGUUAAUGAGCAGAGCGAAACCGGUUUACCUUACGACCUGAUAAUCAUAAACCGAGGUGGUAAGAAAGAGUACGUGGAGGUGAAAGCAACGGUAUCCGCAAAGAAAGACUAUUUCAAUCUGACGGUGAAGGAAUGGCAGUUUGCAAACGAGAUAGGAGAGAGUUACGUUAUUGCGCAUGUUUUGUUAGGCAACAGUAAUGCCAUCCUCACACAGCAUAGGAACGUUGUCAAACUAUGCCAAGAUGGUCAUCUCCGGUUAUUGAUUCUCAUGCCCAACCAGCGAAACGACGUCAACGUUGCGUUUUAAACCCAAUCAAAUUUUUUUUUUCAUAUGCAAUGUAAAAGCUAACUUGUGGGAGAAACAAGACUGAGAUUGAUGAGUUGGCUGUGGCGUGAACAUGAUUAAGACGUUAAGACAGCGUUCUUUAUUUCUUUAUUCAUUCAAAUUCAAUACACCAAGGAGAGAGGUCACUUGCCUUUUUGUUCUUUAAGUAGCCAUCUUCUUUAUAAAUCAUCGUCAUCUACUGCAGAUAAAGACCAAACCUUUGACGAAGCCAAUAAUUCGAAAACCGUGUUCAUCCAAAAUUCGAAGCAAUUAUUUUCUCUGUUGACAUAUUUUGAUGGAGGAUUCUUCUGCAAGUUCAAAUAGAGUUAAGCUUCGGGAUGGGAGAUUCUUAGCUUAUAGGGAAAGAGGAGUUCCAAAGGAGAAGGCUAAAUACAAGAUCAUUCUUGUUCAUGGCUUUGGAAGCUCUAAAGAUAUGCACUUCUCUGCCUCAAAGGAGCUAAUAGAAGAGCUUGGGGUGUAUCUUCUGUUUUACGACCGUUCUGGAUAUGGAGAAUCGGAUUCAAAUGCGAAACAUUCGCUGAAAAGUGAAGUUGAUGACAUAGAAGAUCUUGCAGAUCAGCUGGAGAUAGGACCCAAGUUUUACCUAAUUGGAAUCUCCAUGGGAUCUUACCCAACUUGGGGUUGCCUAAAACACAUACCUCACAGGCUAUCCGGCGUGGCUUUUGUAGCUCCGGUUGUGAAUUAUCAGUGGCCAUCGCUUCCGAAGAAGCUUAUAGAGAAAGAUUACAGGAGAGGUAUUACCAAAUGGGGUUUGAGGAUAUCGAAGUAUGCACCUGGACUGUUACAUUGGUGGGUUAUUCAAAAAGUCUUCCCAUCAACUAGUUCGGUUCUUGAAAGCAAUCCGGUCUACUUCAACAGCCACGACAUGGAUGUGCUCAAGCGUAUAACCGGCUUUCCCAUGCUUACUAAGGACAAGCUACGCGAAAGAAAUGUUUUCGAUACUCUAAGGGACGACAUCGUUGCUUGUUUCGGGCAAUGGGAGUUCGAGCCAGCGGAUCUAAGCAUUACUCAAGAGAGCUCUGUUCACAUCUGGCAUGGGAAGGAAGACAAAGUAGUUCCGUUUCAACUUCAAAGAUGCAUUCUACAGAAGCAACCUUUUAUCAACUACCACGAGAUCCCACAAGGCGGACAUUUGAUCGUGCACUACGACGGCACUUGCGAUGCGAUUCUACGAGCUCUAUUGCUCGGUGAAGAACAAAAGCUGUCUAAAACCAAAUAUUCUUGAACUCACCAGUUGAUGGGAAACAUGAUGUACAACAAUAGAAAAAUUGAUUUGUUUGGUGUUUGUAAAGGAUUCUUUUUUUCUUUUUUUCUUUUUGUUGAUUCAUUUCUAGAAAACAAAAUAUGUUCAAAGUGUACAAAUGGCGUUACAUGUAUCUUUAUAUAUAAUGAAGUGUUUUGAAUGAAGAAAUGGAUUAGGCAAAUUACAAACAAUAAACAGAUUUUGGUGUGGCAUCAGCUGCUUUCUACUAUUGGGGAUUUUCAUUGAUGAGAUAGUCGAACCGUGAAUCGCCGCCAUUGCUGGCUACAACGAGCUUCAACAGAUCAAUCGCUUUCUUCCUUCCUUUCACACUUCCAUUCUCCGCUACGUACACGAUCCCUUCCAUGGCUCCUUCAUCCGCACCAGACGCCACCGCCGCCGCAACUUCCGACCGCGCUUCCGCUCCUCCGCACCUCGCCAGAUUCAGAAGCGCCCCAACGGCGUUCUCCUUGAUCCGUAGGCUCGAACCAGUGCAGGGAUCCAGCAGAUCCGCUAACACGCUGGCUCCUGACACCCUCCUCAUCCCUUCCUCGCUCUCCUCGCAUCCAGCGACCUGCGCCAUAACCGCCGUCGCAUCCUCCACGAUCCCGCUCCGAGAGUCCUUCACGAUCAGCGAGAAGAGUGCCGGGAUCGCGCCGAGCGAGAUCAUCGUCGACCGGUUCAUCGGGUAGAGAGCGACGGCGAAGAGUGCCUUGAGCGCGUCUUUGAUCGACCGGGGGUGCGAAUCUGGGUAUCUGAUGAUGUGGAUGAGGGAGAAGAUGAUGUCGCGCUUGGAUCCGAUGAUUGGUCGGUAAGACUCUUCGGCGAUGAGGAGACUGUAAAUCGUGGCGGCGGCAGACUGGACUGCGUCGGGGGAGGUGGUGGUGUCGUGGUGGCGGAGCGCGUGAGAAAGCGCGUCGAGUAGGCCGCGAGAGGACAUGAGUGAUUCGCGAGAUGUGAUGGAGAGGUUGAGGAGAGCGGCGGCGGCGUUUUCCUGAGAAGAGUGCGACGACGAGUAGAGAGUCUCCGAGAGGUACGGAAUGGCGCCGGCGUCGGCGAUGAUGAGACGGCUGUCGGGAUCUUGCUUGGAGAUGAGUCUGAGCUCAGCUAGAGCGGCAGCUCUAGUUUGCUCAGAGACGGAGCUGAGCUUGGAGACGAUGGAUUCCAUUGUUCUACGCUUCGCUGUUUCCAUCUCUGACUCUCUCUCUCUCUCUGUUUCCUUUCGAACCCUAAUUUUCUGUUUGGGGAUGAUGAGGUAGAUUGGACUUUUUUUGAACAAGUCAAAUUGUAUUAUUAUUGUAGUUUAAAGAGAUUGGAAUAGUUAAACAAGAACGAAAUAGUCCUAAGUGGAAACUAAAGUUGCAACCUUUUAGUGGAAAUCGGUUGUUGUACUUAUCCAGAGGACGUACUUUUGAGAUCUCUGUCUAAUGUUCAUAGAUAAUAGGAUUAUGAGGCUUAAAUUGGGCUUUCGUUAUGAUGUUAAUCUUUAAGCCUAUCUAGUUUCAUCUUUUG